GCGAUGGUUCCCCGGGGCGCCCGGGUCCCCCCGGGGCUCGGCGGUCACCCUGCCGGCGCUCUGCUCCUGCUCUGCUACCUGAAUGUUGUUCCAUCUUUGGGUAGGCAGACUUCCCUGACUACCUGGGUGAUGCCCAAAGCCGAGCAGAGCACGACUUACAAAGACUUUAUUUCUUUUACUGCCUUUGAAGGAAGCGUGCGCAACGUGUCUGAGGUCUCGGUGGAAUAUUUAUGCUCGCAGCCUUGCGUUGUUCAUCUGGAAGCCGUGGUUUCCUCCGAGUUCAGAAGUAGCAUCCCUGUGUACAAAAAACGGUGGAAGAACGAGAAACAUCUUCACACCAGCAGGACACAGAUAGUGCGCGUGAAAUUUCCAAGCAUUAUGGUGUACAGAGAUGACUUCUUCAUCCGGAACUCCAUUUCUGUCUCCGCGGUGAUACUACGGGGCUGGAUUACGCACCAACACCACGGUGGAGACUUGAAUGUUAAAUGGGAAGAACACUUGCUCCAUGCAGUGGCCAAGAAUUACACGCUGCUGCAUUCCGUCCCCCCUUUCCAGCGCCCCUUCAAAGACCACCAGGUGUGCCUGGAGUGGAACAUGGGCUAUCUUUGGAACCUUUGGGUGAACAGGAUCCCCCAGUGUCCUGUGGAGAAUGAUGAGGCUACCCUCCUUGCCUUUCCCUAUGCCUCCAGUGGAGAAAACACAGGCAUCGUGAAGAAGCUUCUGAGGUUUCAGAACCGAGAGCUGGAGGCCACCCGAUGCCAGCGGACAGACUACCCCGUGUUUACUGUUUCGUUGUGGCUUUAUUUACUCCAUUAUUGCAAGGCCAAUCUCUGUGGGAUUCUGUACUUUGUGGAUGCUGAUGAGAUGUAUGGCACUCCUUCCAUAUUCCUUACUGAAGAGGGUUAUUUGCAUAUUCAGAUGCACCUUGUCAAAGGAGAAGACCUGGCUGUUAAAACCAAAUUCACCUUACCUCUGAAGGAGUGGUUUCUCCUGGACAUCUCUUUCCAUGGAGGCCAGAUAAUGGUGACCACCAGCCUUGGCCAGGACUUGAAAAGCCAUCAUAAUCAGACCAUUAGCUUCCGGGAGGAUUUCCAUUACAACGACACAGCUGGAUACUUCAUCAUUGGCGGGAGCAGGUAUGUGGCUGGUAUCCAAGGUUUUUUUGGACCUCUGAAGUACUAUCGCCUGCGAAGUCUCCAGCCUGAUCAGAUCCAUAAUCCCUUCCUCCAGAAGCAGCUAGCUGAACAAGUCAAGUUGUAUUAUGAACGAUGUGCUGAGGUGCAAGAAAUAAUAUCUGUGUAUACUUCAACAGCACAGGUGGGGCGAGAGAGGCAAGAAGCAUGUGACCUCCACAACUCCUACCUGGACCUGUGGCGCAGGUAUGGGAGACCCUCGAUGUGCACCACUUUCCCCUGGGAGAAGGAGCUGAGAGGCAAACACCCCGGCCUGUUCCAGGUGCUGCUGGAGAUGGAAGUGCCAAGGAGCCAAAAUGAAUCUGUAUUAGAAAUCGGUGGGAAGAUAUUUGAGCAGGCUGUAAAGAGACUCUCCAGCGUGGACGGGCUUCACCAAAUUAGCUCGGUCGUCCCCUUCCUGAUGGAUUCCAGCUGCUGUGGAUACCAUAAAGCAUCCUACUAUCUCGCUGUCUUCUAUGAAACCGGAUUAAAUGUACCCCGAGACCCGCUGCAGGGCAUGUUAUAUAGUUUGGUUGGCGGCCAGGGCGGUGAGAGACUAUCUUCAAUGAAUCUUGGAUAUAAACACUACCAGGGGGUUGACAACUAUCCUCUAGAUUGGGAACUCUCCUAUGCCUACUACAGCAACAUCGCCACAAAGACCCCGCUUGACCAACACACACUGCAGGGAGACCAGGCCUACGUGGAAACCAUCAGAUUAAAAGAUGAUGAAGUACUCAAGGUGCAAACCAGAGAAGAUGGCGAUGUCUUUAUGUGGUUGAAGCAUGAAGCCACCCGAGGCAACGCAGCAGCCCAGCAACGAUUAGCCCAGAUGCUAUUCUGGGGGCAGCAAGGUGUGGCCAAGAACCCGGAAGCAGCCAUCGAGUGGUACGCCAAGGGGGCUCUGGAGACAGAGGAUCCUGCAUUAAUAUACGACUACGCCAUUGUGUUAUUCAAGGGACAGGGAAUGUGGCUUAAUGGUAGAGUAGCACUAGCCUUGAACAAAAAGGACUCAGGGGCAGGGUUGCACCAGGCAGUCAAUGGCCUGGGAUGGUAUUACCACAAAUUCAAGAAAAAUUAUGCCAGAGCAGCAAAGUACUGGUUAAAAGCAGAAGAAAUGGGGAACCCUGAUGCGUCCUACAAUCUGGGGGUCCUAUAUUUAGACGGCAUUUUCCCAGGAGUUCCAGGAAGGAAUCUGACCUUAGCCGGGGAAUAUUUCCACAAGGCUGCCCAGGGGGGACACAUCGAGGGGACCCUGUGGUGUUCCCUCUACUUCAUCACUGGCAACCUGGAGACCUUCCCUAGAGAUCCGGAGAAAGCUGUCGUAUGGGCAAAGCACGUAGCUGAGAAAAAUGGCUACUUGGGCCACGUCAUUCGCAAAGGCCUCAACGCCUACCUGGAGGGAUCCUGGCAUGAAGCUUUGCUGUACUAUGUGUUAGCAGCAGAAACUGGGAUUGAAAUAUCACAGACGAAUUUAGCCCACAUCUGUGAGGAGAGGCCGGAGCUGGCUGGGAGAUACUUGGGUGUGAAUUGUGUCUGGAGAUACUAUAACUUCUCUGUGUUUCAGAUCGAUGCGCCUUCAUUUGCAUAUUUGAAAAUGGGAGACCUCUACUAUUAUGGCCACCCAAACCAGACCCAAGACUUGGAGCUGUCUGUGCAGAUGUACGCCCAAGCAGCCCUGGACGGAGACUCCCAGGGAUUUUUUAACCUGGCCCUGCUAAUCGAGGAAGGUGCUAUAAUCCCACACCACAUUUUGGAUUUCUUGGAAAUUGACCCAACACUCCAUUCUAAUAAUGUCUCCAUUCUCCGAGAGCUGUACGAAAGGUGCUGGAGCCACAGCAAUGAGGAAUCCCUCAGCCCCUGUACCCUGGCCUGGCUUUACCUGCACUUGAGGCUUAUCUGGAGCGCCAUCCUGCACUCUGCCCUAAUCUACUUUUUGGGAACCUUCCUGCUGUCUGUGUUGAUCGCCUGGAUUGUGCACCGUUUCCAAUCCAUCUCAGCCACUGGAUCCCCUCCAGCACCAGCCUGGGCCUCACCAGAGUCCACCGUGCCCACAGCAAAUCCAGCUGUGCCUCCAGCUGCAGAUGUCUCUAACCAGGACCAGCCCUCAAUCGCUAACAACCCUGAGCCACACGGGUGAACUGUGUAUCCAGAUCUAUCUCCCCGGCCGAGAGAAAAACCUUUGUAACAGCUGGUACUGAAAGGCUGGAGCUAGGGCAUUAUACUGACCAACACCUUAAAAGUCUUGUCAGCUGGAUACAGAUUUUUGCACUUGGUGUCUUUUUCUUUUCUUUUCUUCACUUUUAAUCAAAUUACAAGGUUGUGCCCAGAACAGACAGUUACCAGAGGUUAUCAAGAUCCAAGGAAUAUCUUGAUCAGAGAAGGAUCUGUAUAACCGGAUCAUCAUACACUUGUUCCUGGUGAUUGAUUGGGAGUCAGAGUUUGCCCUGUGUUACAGCAGGAUGCUUACACACAAGGAAGUGUCUUCAUCCUUUGUAUAUUCCCUUUUAUCAGAGAACAAAAAAUCCCAUAAUGUUUCCUUCCCAGUAUUUGUCAUAGCCUGUCUCUAAAAGCCCACUUGACAGAUUGCUCCUUGAUUUCCAAACACAAUAGUUAGAAGGCAUCUAGGAAUGAAUCGUGUGUGGCUAGAAAUACAAGGAAGGUGAUGGUUUUGUAAAUUGGUUUACAUUUUUUCCCCUUGAAUUUUUCUAAGGUCAUAGUGCUUUCAAAUCAUUGGAGGACAUUGUUUUAUGUUUCCAUUGCAGUCCCUAAAAGUAACAUCUAACAAAAUCCUUAGUAUUUAAGUGUAGUCCUUCUCCAUGAAUUACCCAUGAGGAUAGACUGGCGGCAAUACAACAUGCAGAAAACAAGCCUUUCGCUCAUAGGUUCAUUCCAGCCCCUCUAUGCCUGCCUGAGUCUGUAUAGGAGUGUGUGUGUGUGUGUGUGUGUGUGUGCGCGCGUGCGUGCAUGAGCAUGCACAUGUGUGUGUCGGUACGUAUAUGUGUGUGCGCAUGCGUGUGUCAGAGGACAAGCAAGGGCAGAAUGUCUGACUACGGUAUGCUGCUAAGGUAGUAAAUAAAUCAGUAAUGCAAUAUUGUGGGUCCAAACUAC